GACCGCACUGCAAUCCUCCGCGAUGCCAGUGCCACUACUGUACUCCUGCCUCGGCUGAGGCGGGCAGCGAGAGACAGCGCGGAGGAGGAGAGGAGGAUGUGGGUGAGGAGGAGGCUGUGAAGCCGCCACGGUCGCCGCCCGAAACCAAAUGCUUCUCAAGGGAGCCCGCGAUGCGAUGGGAUGGGGCUCCGGACCAUGAUGGGUCGGAUUUCCAUAGGAUGCUACCUGAGAUGUGGCAUCCUCGUGCUUUUUGCCUCGCGAGUCCAGGCUACCUCGGCGAGAGGGUCCAGGGGCGAGGCCCUCCAGUCCGGGACCCUGCCCCGCUUCCUGCAGGAGCCCGACGACGCCUACAUCAUCAAGAGCCACCCCAUCAAGCUGCGCUGCCGGGCCCAGCCCGCACUGCAGAUCUUCUUCAAGUGCAACGGGGAAUGGGUCCAUCAGAGCCAGCACCUGGCCCAGGAGCACACCGACCUGGGCACCGGGAUGAAGUUCCGCGAGGUCCUGAUUAACGUGUCGCGGCAGCAGGUGGAGGACUUCCACGGGCCCGAGGACUACUGGUGUCUGUGUGUCGCCUGGAGCCACCUGGGGACGUCCAAGAGCCGCAAGGCCAGCGUCCGCAUCGCAUACCUGAGGAAGAACUUUGAGCAGGACCCCCAGGGCACCGAGGUGCCUCUUAAGGGCAUGAUUGUGCUGCACUGCCGGCCUCCAGAGGGCGUGCCAUUGGCCGAGGUAUCCUGGCUGAAGAACGACGAACCGCUGAACACGGACGCUAAGGUCGGCUCGAGAGCCGACCACAACCUCAUCAUCUCUGAUGCCCGCCUGUCUGACUCGGGCAACUACACCUGCCUGGCGAGCAACAUCGUGGCCAAGCGGCGCAGCGCCAACGCCGCCGUGGUCGUUUACGUGAACGGCGGCUGGUCUCUGUGGACCGACUGGUCGCUGUGUAACGUGCGCUGUGGGCGGGGCUUGCAGAAGCGCUCGCGCACCUGCACCAACCCAGCGCCACUUAACGGGGGGGCCUUCUGCGAGGGCAUGUCGGUGCAGAAGAGCACCUGCAGCACACUCUGUCCAGUGGACGGCGGCUGGGGCCCGUGGAGCCUGUGGACGGCGUGCGGCGUGGACUGCGGGCGCCAGCGGAGCCGGGACUGCGCCGAGCCCGAGCCGCGGCACGGGGGCCGGCCCUGCGACGGCCCCGGGCUGAGGGGCGACAACUGCACCGGGGGCCUCUGCAUACAGAAUGGAAAGCUGCUUCAUGACAUCAAGCCACAAGAGGUGGAGAGCAGCAGUGACGUGGUGCUGUACUCUGGGCUGAGUGCGGGGGUCCUGACGGUGGUGGUCCUGAUCGUGGUGGUCACUCUGUACCGGAGGAGCCACAGCGAGUACGGCGUGGACGUCAUCGACUCCUCCGCCCUCACCGGCGGCUUCCAGUCCUUCACCUACAAGACGUCCCACCAAGGAAACCCCCUGCUGAUCAACUCGUCCAUGCAGCCUGACCUGAGCGGGUCGCGGACCUACACCAGCCCCAUGUGCUUUCAGGACUCCAUGGACAAGGAGCUGAUGGCCGACCACUCCCUGCUGGACCCGCUGCCCGACAUCAUGGUCAAAGGUACGGCACACAACGCCUUUAAAGACGGUAGCAGUGCUGAAUGCAGCUCGCUGGGGAGAGGGGAGAGGGCCGAGUACCCGAUGAUGUCCGAUCCCAGGACCUUCCCGCGGGGCGUGGCGCCGGACUACCAGGGCGUGGGCGUAGACGCCACGCUGGGCCGCAGGGGGAAGACCCUCUUCAUCCCGCACGGACUGCCCCGGCCUCCUCCCCCUCCUCUUCCUCCCCCGCUGAAAACCACCAGGGUGCUGGGCCACGCCGGAGGAAGGCUGGUCGUACCCAACACUGGCAUUAGCCUGUUGGUGCCCCGCGGAGGGAUAGCUGAAGAUACGAGCUGGGAGAUGUACAUGAUCAUCAACCAGGAGGACAGCAGCUCAGACACGGCGCCAGAGGACGAGGACGAGGUCCUGCUGAGCCCGGAGGUGACCUACGGCCCCCCGGGGCUGGACCUGUCCUGCCCCGUGGCUCUGUCGGUGGCGCACUGCGCCGACCUCAGCGGCCCCGCCGACGCCACCUGGGCCGUCCGUCUGAAGAGGAGGACCCCGGAGAACAAGUGGGAGGAAGUGAUGUCCAUGGACGAGGAGAGCACCUCCUGCUACGGCCUCCUGGAGGCGGAGCGGUGCCACCUGCUGGUGGGCCGCCCAGGCCGCUACGCCCUGGUGGGCCGGCCCCUGAGCCAGGCAGCCGCCAAGAGGCUGAGGCUGGCCGUGUUCGGGAGCCCCGACCUCAGCAACCCGCUGGGCUACAACCUGAGGGUGUACUGCGUGGACGACACCCCCCACGCCCUGCAGGCCGUGGCGGUGCUGGAGUGUGUGAGGGGAGGCCGUCUGCUGGAGGAGCCCAGGACGCUGCAGUUCAGUGGGGACGGCUUCAGCCUGCAGGUCUCCAUCCAGGACCUCCCACAGCUCCUCUGGAGCAUCAAGCCCUUCACCACCUGCCAGGAGUUCUCGUUCGCCCAGGUGUGGGGCCGGGACCACCACCCGCUGCAGUGUGCCUUCUCCCUGGAGCGCCUCGGUCCCCCGCCCACGCCCCCGCAGCUCUCGUGCAAGAUCAGCGUACGGCAGGUCAAAGGUCGCGAGCAGAUCCUCCAGGUGUACACGCCGGCGGCGGAGAGUGAAAAGGGGCUGAUUCCUCUCUUCCCUCCGUCCCACUGUCCCCUCACCUCCGAGUCGGGGUCCACCGCCUUCAAGAUCCCCCCGUCCAUCCAUCAGCGCAUCUGUGCCACCUUCGACUCGGCCAACUCCAAGGGCAAGGACUGGCAACUGCUGGCCCAGAAGCUCCACGUAGACAGGAACCUGAGCUACUUCGCCUGCCAGAGGAGCCCGUCAGCGGUCAUCCUCAGCCUGUGGGAGACCCAGCACCAGACCUCGGGGGACGUGGACUCCCUGGCCUGUGCUCUGGAGGAGAUCGACAGGGCCCCGUCACCCGGGACACUCACCCCACUGGGGCAGGGCAGCGACCGGCCAGACUCUGGAUUCUCUUAA